AUGUCGACAUCGGGUCAACAGUCCGGCUUCCAAACUACCAUUGAUAUUGCCCGCAGACAGACUUAUCACGUAGCGCCCGUCGCAGGACAAAAGCGACAUCCAGAGCAGUCCGAGGUGCACCCGGGGCCGGUCGCAAAACAAGUGACGGUACGUGGACGAAAUGCCAAUCCAGACCCCCUGCUGGAAUCGACUCCAUUUGAGUCCGCCCGGACUCUCUUAGCGCCGGUCAACCGGAUCACCGCGAGCAAAAUCCACUUCGCUGCUGGCGCCGGCGCCAGUGAGGCCCAGAAUGAAGAUCGUCAGCAAGUGGUGUCAGCCCCGCCUUCCAGUCAAAACCCGUUGCUGUUUCUGGCCAAUCCGAAGUAUGGCUUGCCGCCAGCUCUAACGGCGAAUUUUGCCGCUCUCGGCGUGAGCAAUAUUUACCCCUGGCAGGCUUCUUGUCUUUUAGCGAAGGGUCUGCUUGAUGGGGAACGUCAUUUGGUUUACACGGCACCUACUGGUGGUGGCAAAUCUCUUGUUGCUGAUGUUUUACUUCUGAAACGGAUUAUCGAGAAUCCCGGGCGCAAGGCGCUUCUGGUCUUACCUUACGUGGCGCUGGUUCAAGAGAAGCUCAAGUGGAUGCGUCGCAUUGUGCAAGAUGUUGAGAAGCAUGUCCCUGAUGAUGAAGACGAACCUGGAUUCCCUCGCAGGCGAUGGAAGCGCCCACAGAAAAAUAUCCGCGUGACGGGGUUCUUUGGAGGAAGUCGAACUACGGCCACAUGGGCUGAUACCGACAUCGCCGUUUUUCUAAUCACCAUCCAACAGGCCAAUUCGUUAAUAAACACCGCAAUCGAGGAUUGUAGCAUUGGAGACCUGGGAGUCGUGGUUCUCGACGAAUUACAUAUGCUUGAUGAUGAGAAUCGGGGGUAUCUACUCGAGCUCAUGGUCACGAAGCUUCUGCUGUUACAGCAGGAUAUCCAAAUAAUUGGAAUGAGCGCCACACUUUCUAAUACUGAAAUGCUAGCAGAAUGGAUGAACGCCAAGUUCUUCAUCUCUACCUACAGACCAAUCCCCAUCGACGAGUACUUGGUCUAUGAGAAUGGGAUAUACCCAGCUGCAACAUCCAGGCAACUUUUCCAAACAGCAUCCAAGCUGACGGCUGCAGCAUCAUUACAUGAUAGUAUUCCGCCGCACCGAACCAUUGAGCCCUCUACCUUCAAGCAGCUCGGCAAUUCCGCUACAAAUUCCAUGGUGGCUUUGGCCGUCGAGACUGCAGCUGCUGGAUUCGGCUCACUGGUGUUUUGUGGUAGUCGUCAAGCAUGUCAGAUCCAUGCCAUGACCAUUGGUGAAGCUAUGCCGCCGCCAGAGCCGGAGGAACUCAACAAGCGACUCGAUCUUCUAGCUGAACUGCGAAGCCUAUCGUGCGGGCUGGAUCCCGCUUUAGAGAAAACAAUCGCAAGAGGAACGGGCUUUCACAACGCCGGAAUGACAACAGAAGAACGCGAGCUCAUCGCACAGGCCUAUGACCAGGGUGUACUGAAGGUCCUCGUGGCCACUUGCAGUCUCGCCGCAGGCGUGAAUCUUCCAGCACGACGAGUCAUAAUAAACGGAGCGAGAAUGGGCCGGGAACUGGUAGGACCAGCAAUGCUUCGCCAGAUGUGCGGCCGUGCAGGUCGCAAAGGCAAGGACAAUGCCGGCGAGACCUAUCUCAUCUGCGUGAAAGCCGAUAUGCAGGCCGUGUGCGAUUUGUUGGAUGCCGAUAUGCCGGCCAUAGAAAGUUGUCUGGCACCCGAGAAAAGAGGUCUCAAGAGGGCAUUAUUAGAAGCCAUAGCAACAGGACUGGUUUCCGGCUGCGAGGCAAUCAAAGAAUAUGUCCGAUGCACCCUACUCUUCCGCACCCUGGACAAGAAACUCGCAUACAGCAUAAUGAACUCCGCGCUCCAAGAGCUCGUCAACGAAGAACUCCUCAUCGCCCAAGACGAUGAAUCAUACGAAUCCACUCCACUAGGACAGGCCGUCGUCGCCUCAGCCUUCUCACCAGAAGACGGCCUUUUCGUCCACGAAGAGCUCAAACGCGCACUCCAAGCAUUCGUCAUGGACGGCGACAUGCACAUAUUCUACAUGUUCACACCCCUCCAAGCAGCCAUGAACACACCAAUCGACUGGCAAAUCUUCCGCGACCAACUAGACAGACUAGACGACAGCGGUCUCCGCGCAUUACAAUUCGUCGGCGUCCAACCAGGCUUCGUUAACAAGAUGGUCCAAUCUGGUGCCUCCUUGAAAGAAAACGACCCAGAACAAAUUAAACAAGCGCGAAUCUACCGCCGCGCAUACACGGCCUUUCAACUCCGCGAUCUAAGCAACGAAGUCCCCAUCGGGACCAUAGCAACGCGCUUCAAAAUCCCACGCGGCACAGUCCAGACGCUGGCGCAGCAAUGUCAUGGUUUCGCAGCGGGAAUUGUCAAGUUCUGCCAGCGUAUGAACUGGGGCAUGCUAGCCGCAGUGCUGGACCACAUGCGUGAUCGGCUUGAGGCUGGGGCUCGCGCGGAUUUGCUGGAGAUGGCGCAGGUGACGUUCGUGAAGAGUUGGACUGCGCGACUACUAAGGGAGAACGGGUAUAAGAAUCUGAGGGCUUUGGCGGAUGCCGAGGCGAAGGAUUUGAUUCCUAUUCUGAAGAUGGCGAACCCUCGUAAGGCGCAGAAGAAUGAGCUCUCUGUCGCUGAGUCGGAGAGGUAUACUGCGAAGCUGAGGGAUAAGGCGGAGAUUAUUAUUGCUCAUGCGAAUAAAAUUUGGGAACGAGAGAUGCAGGUUGGUCUGGAGGAGUGA